CCGAAGCACUAAUGGACAUCGUACCAUUUUUUUGUAGCUGCACUUGAGCUAAACACUGUGUUGUGUUUGCUAGGUUCGCCAGUUGCCUGUCUAUGUAGUCUAUGAAUGUUAAUGUCAAUAUUAAACGUCAUGCAAUGAAUGUCAAACACGCAACACGAAACGAAAACGUACACACAAAUAUAUUUAAUGUAAUUAUUUCGCCAUCAAAAAUACAUAUUAUUAGUUACAUACAUAAAGUAAAAUAGUAAUUUAGUUUUAAGUACAACCUCAAAAUUACUUACUAAGAAUAUACUGUAGAUAUAAAUAGGUACCCAAAGCACACCGCCAAGUUGAAAAACUCCAAAACUAGUUCAACCAAAUUACAGUUCGAUAAAUCCGAUGAUGUUAAGAUAAUAAGAAAGAUAUAUUUUGUCGGCCGCUACUCUUCCAUAUUUAUUUAUUAUAAUUUAUCAUGACGUAAUUUGAAUUUCAAAUGAGUAAGAGCGUCGUUGAAUGAUAAAAUAACGAGAAGACUGGCGAAUAAGUAAGUGUGAAGUUUUAAUCUGAGUAAAGAAAUAAUACUAGCUGAAAGUCAAGAUGAGUUACAAAUUAAUGAAAAGGGUGUUAAGUUCCGCGCCUCACAAAAAGUGUCCGCAAGUAUGUAUUGUGGGUGCUGGGCCCGCCGGCUUCUAUGCGGCUAUGCAUCUCACGAAAAAGCUGCAGUCUGUAAACAUUGAUAUAUUGGAAAAACUUCCAGUGCCUUUUGGACUUAUCAGGUAUGGAGUGGCCCCAGAUCAUCCAGAAGUAAAAAAUGUUAUAAACCAGUUUACAAAGGUUGCACAACAGGCUAAUGUUAAUUUCUAUGGAAACAUAACCUUGGGAAAAGAUGUUGAUCUUGAACAAUUGAGACAAAACUAUGACGCAGUCUUACUGACUUAUGGUGCUGAAGAAGAUAAGUUACUUGGUAUAGAAAAUGAAGAAGCAAGUAAUGUAAUAGCUGCUCGCAAUUUUGUGGGAUGGUACAAUGGACUCCCUGCUGAUAAACAUUUAAAAAUUGACCUCUCCUGCAGGACUGCAGCCAUUCUUGGACAGGGAAAUGUGGCAUUGGAUGUAGCAAGGAUCCUAUUAACACCCAUUGAUGACCUAAGAAAAACCGACAUUACAGAACAUGCUCUUAGUGUGCUUUCAGAAUCAAAACUUAAGGAAAUAUAUUUAGUUGGCAGAAGAGGACCCCUUCAAGUUGCAUUCACAAUAAAAGAGCUUCGUGAACAACUUAAACUGAAAAAUUGUAAAACAAUUUGGAAUGAAAAAGACUUUCAAGAUGUUGAAAAAGUUGUUCCUAAUCUUGCUCGUCCGAGGAAACGACUGACUGAACUAAUGCUGAAGUCUGUUAAUGAAAAACAUACAAUAGUUGAUGAUCCCAAUACUAAGUAUUUCAAACCUAUAUUCUUUAGAAGUCCAAAUAAAUUUUUAGUUGAUGACAAGAAACAAUUAAGUGGAAUUGAAUUAACUUGUAACACACUUGUCGGGGAUAGUUUAGAAAAUCAGAAGUGUGUCCCUACUGAUCAAAAGGAAAUAUUAAACUGUAAUUUAGCCUUUAGGAGUAUAGGUUAUAAAAGUGUUAAAGCAGAUAAAGAUUUAAUAUUAAACCAAGGAUGUAUACCAAAUGACAAAGGUGUUGUGGAAGAUGCUUCUUCAAAAUUAGCCAAGCUCUAUGUAGCAGGUUGGCUAGGUACUGGACCUGUAGGUGUUAUACUACAUACAAUGGGCAAUGCUUUCCAGGUCGCCAAAGUAAUGUGUGAUGAUUUAAGCAAACUUAAUUCUGAUCACAGAAAGGCAGGAUUUGAAGAAGUAAAGAAAACUAUUUCAAAAAAUAAUGACAAUGUUAUAGAUUGGACUGGUUGGGAAAAAAUAGAUAUGUUUGAAGUAGAACAAGGUAAAAAAAUAGGAAAGCCCCGUGAAAAAAUUUGCGAUGUUGAAAAGAUGAUAGAGGUAGCUAAAGCAUAAAUAAAAAUAAUGUUUGUAGAUAAAAUAAGUAUGUAUACAAAAAGAUAAUAAAAUUUAU